GGUUCCGUCGGCAGUUGGAGUAUCGGGGGAGGCGGCAGCAGCUGCGGUGAGGGUGGUGUGUGAGGUGUUGUAUCUGUGGAAGUGGAGGUGGUGAGUGCAGCAGCGGUUCCGGAAGUGGUGUGGCCGGCGGAGGCGGAUGUGACGUCAUCGGUGGGGUCUCCGGCCGUGUCUUCAUGGUCAAUGGCGGCGGGGCAGACAACAUCAGGUGAAGAUGUGCGUGAUUUUAGCAAGGUGCUGAAAAAUAAGUUCAGAUCAAAGAAAUACUUUGCCAAACAUCCUCGCUUGGGUUAUUUACCAGUACAAACAGUUCUAGAAGGCGAGAACCUUGAGACUGGAUCUGUUGGAGUUGCACACAGCGCAACGCGUCUUUGAUCAACACAAAUUGACACAAACCGAGCAACUUCUGAAUGUGACUGAAGUAAUCAACUGUUUAACGUCCAUUUAUGAUGUUUUGGAACAAAACCACAAGGACUUGGUCAAUGUGCCACUCUGUGUCGACAUGUGUCUGAACUGGCUGCUGAACGUAUUUGAUACGGGUAUGAGUGUAAGAAUCAGAGUGCUUUCUUUGAAAAUUGGCUUGACGUGACUCUUCAAGGAUCAUCUAGAGGAAAAAUACAAGUAUAUCUUCAAACAAGUAGCUGAACCCACAGAUUUAUGUGACCAACGAAGCCUGAGCCUUUUGCUUCACGAUGCAGUCCAGAUCCCUCGGCAGCUGGGUGAGGUAGCUUCAUUUCGAGGCAGCACCAUUGAACCAAGUGUCCGCAGUUGCUUCCAACAUGCACUCAGACAUGAACUAAUGGAUAAGGAGGAGACAAUCAUAACUGCUUUGGAUUCAGCCCAUAGAAGGGCCAGAGGAGCCGCGCUGACACCUUCAUGUUUAAACAGAGGACACUUUUCUGCGUGCCACGAGAUGUAUAUCAGCCAUACCAAAAUGCUGCCUUUGCCUGAGACAGGGAAGAUCAACUGACUUUGGGGAAAUGGAGAAUCAUUCAUGAAUCCAGUUACUUUCUGAUCUGACAGCUUUGUGGCAUCUGAAUGGAUAACAAUUUGAUCUGAAGUGCUGAACGUCAACUUGCCAAAUACAAUUGGAUGAAAAGUAUGAGGCCAAUCAGUCUCUUGAAACACUUUCUCUAUGCAAUCAACAUAACAACAUUAAUUGACAAUGAAAAAUUACGUACGUGCUUCAGAAGAUUAGAUUUGAAACAGAGAUUUGUGAAUAUGAAUGGAGCUAUAUAUGUCCCCAUCUCAGGCACCAACCUCAAGUUCACCUGGACUAUCUACAACACCUCUGUCACCUUCCUGGACCUCUCUGUCUCCAUCUCAGGUAACCACCCAGAAACCGAUAUCCAUUUCAAGCCCACCGACUCCCACAGCUACUUAGAAUACACCACCUCCCACCCACCUUCCUGCAAAAAUUCCAUCCCCUAUUCCCAAUUCCUUCACCUCCGCCUCAUCUGCUCCCAGGAUGAGGCAUUCCAUUCCCGUACACGUCAGAUGUCCUUGUUUUUCAACGACCGCAACCCCCCACCCCCCACCCAACCACACACAGUGGUCAAGAACCAUGUCUCCCACAUUUCCUGCAACUCAUCCCUCACACCUCAUCUCCGCAAUAAGCACCAAAAGAGAACCCCCUCAUCCUCUCAUACCACCCUACCAACCUCUGGAUACAACGCAUCAUCCUCCAACACUUCCACCAUCUGCAAUCUGACCUCACCACCAAAGACAUUUUUCCAUCCCCACCCUUGUCUACUUUCUGGAGAGACCACUCUCUCCAUGACUCCCUUGUCGGCUCCACGCUUCCCUCCAACCCCACCACACCCGACAUUUUCCCUGCAACUGCAGGAAGUGCUACACGUGCCCCCAUACCUCCUCCCUCACCCCCAUCCCAGGCCCCAAGAAGACUUUCCACAUCAAGCAGAUGUUCAACUGCACAUCUUCCAAUCUGGUAUACUGCAUCCGCUGUACCCGUUGUGGACUCCUCAACAUCGGGGAAACCAAGGAGAGACUUAAGUGUUCUGCAAAGCAGUCCCUAUGCUCGGUUCACAACAAACAACUGCACCUCCCAGUCGCGAACAAUUUCAACUUCCCCUCCUAUUCCUUCGACGACAUGUCCAUCCUGGGCCUCCUGCAGUGCCACAACAAUGCCACCCGAAGGUUGCAGCAACAGCAACUCAUAUUCUGCUUGGGAACCCUGCAGCCCAAUAAUAUCAAUGUGGAUUUCACAAGCUUCAAAA